UUUAUUUUACUGUUAAAACUUACAGCAAAAUGUAAUAAUUAAAAGUAGUUCAUUGUGUUCUGAGUUUAGCUGACGUGCUGUGAAGCAAAGAAGGAUCAUGAUAAACUCUACACAGGUUUCAUAUUUCACACUUAGUGCCUACUUUGACACUGGGCUUUUUAAAUAUUUAUUUUUCAUCAUUAUUAUGUUUUUAUAUAUUCUAAGUAUUUGUGCCAAUGUGUUGCUGAUAGUGAUUAUCUGUAUGAACAGAAGUUUACAUGAACCUAUGUACCUGUUUCUGUGCAGCCUGUGUGUAAAUGAACUGUAUGGUAGUACAGGGUUGUUUCCAUUCCUUCUGCUUCAGAUCCUCUCUGACAUUCACACUAUUUCUGUUCCCUUUUGUUUCCUGCAGAUUUUCUGUGUGUAUACAUACGCAAAUGUACAAUUAUGUAACUUAGCUGUUAUGUCUUAUGACAGAUACCUUGCUAUCUGUUAUCCUCUCCAAUAUAAUACAUGUAUGACCUCAAACAAGGUUGCCAUGCUUAUUGCUUUAAUUUGGUUAUACCCAUUUAUUCAAGUUGCUGUCAUGAUAUCUCUGAGUGCCUCUUUGCAGCUGUGUGGGAACAUUAUUAACAAAGUGUACUGUGACAACCACCCUAUUGUUAAACUUGCAUGCUUUGACACAACAGUCAGCAACAUCUAUGGACUUGUUAACACAUUUUUCAUAGUAGGUGGUGUUGUAACGUUAAUUCUUUACACUUACAUGAAGAUUCUUAAAGUUUGUUUUUCUGGUUCUAAACAGACCAGACAAAAAGCUGUCAGUACCUGCACACCUCACCUUGCUUCUCUGCUAAAUUUUACUUUUGGUGGUUUCUUUGAAAUAAUGCAGAGUAGAUUUAAUAUGAACAAUGUGCCUAACAUGUUACGAAUAUUUUUAUCAUCAUAUUUUCUUACAUGCCAGCCGCUCUUCAAUCCUGUACUGUAUGGACUGAAUUUGUCUAAAAUCCGUGUCAUGUGUAAAAGUCUAAUAUUUGGUUAA